CAGAGGACCAAGAGACAAAGGAUGUCCCAGUUUUAGAGGUCGAUUCUAGUGUCCCAUUUUCUUCUCUUUCCGGUCCACACAUUCUACGCUUUCUGCAAGUUGGCCGAUUGUAGCAUGGAACCUCAAGUAUGGGAACCUUGCAACUACCAGUUGGCCGAUUGGUCCAUGGAACACGCUGUAUGGAUUCCUGGCGUCCCUAUGUUGUGUGAGUCCGAGUCCAGUGAGAUGACAUGCUUAGAAGAAACAUUUGUAGCUAGCUCGAGCAGAGGGAAGCAGAUGGUUGAGUAUGCAGCUGCUACCACACCCAAAUAUGACGAUCCAUUGUGUGUGGUCCGUAGAAAAGAAUUAGAGCUUCAGGUUGAUAACGACCAGUGGGGAGAGAAGAUGCAUAGGUACCCUGCAAGCAUUCGAGACCUCGGCAGAUGGUACACCGUCCCGACGAUCGUGUCCAUCGGGCCAUACCACCAUGGCCUAGACCACCUCAAGAAGGGGGAGGAGGCGAAGUAUGCCGCGGUCUGCAGCUGCAUCAGUCAGUCAGAAUACUCGCUCCAACAGAUGUAUGAUGCGGUCGUCUCAGUCGCAAGCGAGGCUCGCAGAUUGUACGACAAGGACACGAUGGCAGGUAUCCACCACGAGAACAUCUUCUGCCCUAUGAUGUUCUAUGAUGCUUGCUUCUUGGUGCAGUUCAUGCUUUAUAAGAGCCGCAAAAGAGACAAGAUCCAUCCGUGGUUGCAAAUUUUUUUCAAGUCCAACAAGGAUCACAUCUAUCAUGACAUCCUUCUUCUUGAGAACCAGCUCCCUCGUGUGGUGAUGGAAAUCUUCGAGUUGUUCAUGCCCGUGAACUUGAAGAAGUUCGCUAAACGUUUCAAAGCCACACUGCAAAACAGCACUCUGCCAAAGGAAGUCGAAGUAAAAUCUUCUGCCAUUCAUGAUUCAACAGAGGCUUUAUACAAAGCACCGCACUUUCUUGGCUACGUCCGGUUCUACAUUGUAGGAACAAACAGAUUCGAGAAGUACGAACCAGAUAAGAAAACCAAAGUGAUAUCAUUUUCUGUCAGUGCCGUUGAGCUUGCAGAAAUGGGCAUCACGCUCACACCAAACAACACAUCCACGGAGCUGGCGCACAUUGGCUUCAAGGAAGGGCGCCUUGGCCUCUCUGCCGAGCUCUUGCUGCCGCACAUACUAUUGUCAUAUCUAAAUGCAAGCUUCCUGGUCAACAUGGCAGCUUUUGAGAUCACCUCAAAUCCUUCUAACCGUGGAGAAGAUACUGCAGUCUGCUCGUAUGUCCAGCUCCUUGGCAUGUUGAUGGAUAAGGAAGAGGAUGUGCAGGAACUACGGUCCAAGCGUCUCCUGCAGGGAGGAGGAGGACUCACCGACAAGGAGGCGCUCGACUUCUUCACCAGCCUUCAUGGCGUGACCAUGGGACCCUUGUAUCACCGCACAAUUCGUAAUGUUGAGAUGUACAAGCAAAAUAAAGGGAUGUGGGUCCAGGUGUACGCCUUCUUCUACAAGUACAAGAAAACCAUGCUCGCGGUGCUUUCCGCCAUUGCUACAAUGUUCGCUAUCUUCGGGGCGUUCAACAAAUCACGAUGAAUAUAUGCUCUACCAUGUACGUUUUAUAUUCUUUCUGGAUAAUAUGUACUACCUCCGUUCCAUAGUAUAAGCUGUUUUGGCAAUCUAUUUUAGUUUGUCAAAACGACUUAAAUUAUGGAAUAGAAUGAUACCUUUUAUAUUCCAACUUCCAAAGAUAAAAUUCAGUAUAUCUGUAAUUCCUGCCAAAACAUAAUAA